GAGGGUCCCUCCACUCUUUUUCUACAUCUCCACUCCUUUUCCAGUUCGUUAUAAUUCCUGGAAUUCUUAUGUUUCCAUGCGAAAAACAUCUACUGUGCUAGACGGCUCACAAACCCCAAUUGUCACCAAUACUUUCACUUUCGAAGCUUUGUAAUUUUAGUUUCCAAAUUUCGGUUUCUUCUCGUUCUCUCUGUUUUCUGGAAGCGUUUUUGUAAAGUAUUCUUUCUAGAUUCACUAUCAGGGAGGGCUAGGGUUUUGAAGGCGGGUUUUUGGGCUUCAAAUCUAGCUUGAGUGGCGGUGGCACAACUUCCAAAAGUGUUUUCGAAAGGAAGAAGCACCGAAGGUACUGGUCCCGGGGUCGAGGCUUGGGCGGUGGCUUUUUUGCUCUGAUUUUAAGAGAGAAUUCCAUGUGUUUUCACGGGUUUCAUUGUGUUUACUUGAAGUAUUGAAAGCUAAAUCCUUCGUAUCAUACAACAUCAAAUCUGGAUUCUUUUAUACGCUAUUUUCAUCCAUUUCGGUUUGAAAUUACGAUAUGAAUUGCUCGAGCGGGACAUAACAGUGCGGGAUCCUAUUUAGUUUAUCUUUCUGUGGUGAUUGAUCAUUCGAGGAAUAUACCGCUACAAUUGUAGAUAUUAGGGUUUUCGAGGUGGUUCUUGAUAAUUAGAUGGAUAUUGAUGUGGUAGUAGAGGAUGUUGCUUCGUUGGACCCUGAACUGUUGCAGCUUCCUGAGCUGUCUCCUGUGGCGGUCAAAGAGAGACCGCAUGCUGCUGAGGAUUUGUUCUCCCAGUGGCUUUCGCUUGCACAAACUGGCAGACUGGUGAGAUCUCUAAUUGAUGAUGCAAAGGCAGGUGCUCCUAUUAAUGCCCUUGGGAACUCUUGUAAUGUAAACGCUGCUGGAAGUACUUCAUUGCCUUCCAUGUUUCCUGCUGGCAGUGCACCUCCACUUUCUCCUAGAAGUUCGUCUGGCUCUCCACGCAUAUCAAAACAGAGGACCAAUGCUUCUCUAGGCUCUCCUCUUAAAUUGAUUGGUGAACCAGUACGAGAAAUCAUACCUCAGUUCUACUUCCAAAAUGGGUGUCCACCCCCAAAGGAACUAAAAGAACAAUGUCUUUCUAGAAUUGAUGACCUGUUUAAAAAUCAUGUGGAUGGAUUGCAAGUACAUGAGUUUAAGUUGAUUACAAAGGAAAUAUGCAAGCUACCGUCAUUUUUCUCCUCUUCACUUUUCAGAAAGAUUGACACAGACUGCACUGGGAUAGUGACCAGGGAUGGAUUUAUUAAAUAUUGGGUUGAUGGCAAUAUGCUGACAAUGGAUACAGCGACGAAAAUAUUCAAAAUUCUAAGGCAGCCAGAAUGUAAAUACCUUACUCAGGUAGACUUCAAACCUGUCCUUCAAGAGCUUUUGGCAACCCAUCCUGGGUUGGAAUUCUUACAGAACACGCCUGAAUUCCAAGAAAGAUAUGCUGAAACUGUCAUAUACAGAAUUUUCUACUACAUCAACAGAUCAGGAAAUGGCCAUCUUACUCUUAGAGAGCUGAAGCGAGGAAAUCUAAUUGCUGCCAUGCAACACGCAGAUGAGGAAGAGGACAUUAAUAAAGUCAUGAGGUUCUUCUGUUAUGAACACUUCUACGUUAUAUACUGCAAGUUUUGGGAGCUUGAUACAGACCAUGACUUUUUGAUAGGCAGAGAGAACCUCGUCAAAUAUGGUAACCAUGCUCUUACCUACAGGAUCGUUGAGAUAAUUUUUUCACAGGUUCCAAGGAAGUUUACCAGUAAUGUUGAAGGGAAGAUGGGUUAUGAAGAUUUUGUUUACUUCAUGCUGUCAGAGGAAGAUAAGUCAUCUGAGCCUAGUCUAGAGUAUUGGUUCAAAUGCAUAGAUUUGGAUAGUAAUGGAGUUAUUACCCCCACUGAAAUGCAAUUCUUCUACGAGGAGCAGCUUCAUCGUAUGGAAUGUAUGGCCCUAGAACCUGUGCUAUUUGAGGAUAUUUUGUGUCAAAUUGUUGACAUGAUUGCACCAGAGAGGGAAGAUUAUAUUACACUACGUGACUUGAAAGGAUGCAAACUUUCAGGAAAUGUUUUCAAUAUACUUUUCAAUCUUAAUAAGUUCAUGGCUUUCGAAAGUCGUGAUCCGUUUCUCAUCCGUCAGGAACGUGAAGAUCCAACUUUGACCGAGUGGGAUCGCUUUGCACAUAGAGAGUAUAUUAGGCUUUCGAUGGAAGAGGAUGGUGAAGAUGUUUCUAAUGGUAGUGCAGAAGUUUGGGACGAGACACUUGAAGCUCCUUUUUGAGUUCAAUGUGCUGCCUAUAUAAAUGCUGUUGAUGCUUCCUUGAGUCUGGCUAUGGGAUGAAACUUUGGAAACUUGAAGAUACCCCUUGGGGGAAACUUACAAGGGAUUGCAAACCUCAUCAGCGAUUAACUUGAAGUGCAUUCCGGUAAUUUUGAUAUGCACCUCACCAAGUUGGUAAAUAUUGCAGCCUUCGUGAAAUUAAAAUGAGCUGCACUGAGGAGUCCUAAAUCGAUUUGCUUCUUCUAUAUGUGGGAGGUUUGGUUGCUGCCCACUAGUUAGUCAUCCCCAGGUAACAAAUAGUUUUGCUAUUGUUAUUGAAGAACUUAUUUGUUUCCAAGGAAUUAGCUCCAUUGCUGGGUGCUGCUUGAAGCUUCUAGCAGUUCUUCAUAUUGCUUGGGUGCUCUAAAAUGGUCCCUUGUCCUCUACACCUCUGAUUCCUAUUUUCUGUACCAUUGUCAAUAUGUUAUUUAUUGGAUUUAUGUUGAAAAAAGAGAAUUUCUUGUGAAAGAAACUGUAGAGAUGCAACAUCAUACAAUGGUUUCCAGUUGGAAUUGUAGAUUUAUGAUGUUCGUUUGUUCCCA